AUGGCGGUGGCUCUCGACGCAAUCCUCGCACGGGUCAAGGAUGUCUGCAGGAGGAACGGCCUGCUCAUCCUCUCGGUGCUCUCAGUCACGGUUGGCUGUCUUCUCGGAUUCUUCCUGAGGACGAGGCGGCUCUCGCAGCAGGAAAUCAGUUAUUUCCAGUUUCCUGGUGAAUUACUGAUGAGGAUGCUGAAAAUGUUGAUUCUCCCACUGGUUGUCUCAAGUUUAAUGUCUGGACUAGCAGCCCUAGAUGCCAAGACUUCUAGUCGCCUGGGAAUCAUAACCAUCACUUACUAUCUGUGGACAACAUUCGUGGCUGUGAUUGUGGGAAUAAUUAUGGUCUCCAUCAUCCAUCCUGGGGGAGCAGCGCAGAAGGAGAGCACUGAAGAGGGGGGAAAGCAAAUCAUGAGUUCUGCAGAUGCACUGCUAGACCUAAUCCGGAACAUGUUUCCAGCCAAUCUUGUUGAGGCCACGUUCAAACAGUAUCGCACCAAGACUAUUCCCAUCAUUAAAUCCAGCAAAGCAUCAUCUGAAAGCACCACUCGCCGCAUUAUAAUAUAUGGAGUCCAGGAUGAGAAUGGAUCCAAUGUCCAGAAUUUUGCCUUGGAUAUCACUCCCCCUCCUGAAGUGAUUUACAAAUCGGAACCAGGCACUAGUGAUGGCAUGAAUGUGCUAGGGAUUGUGAUAUUCUCUGCAACAAUGGGUAUAAUGCUGGGAAGAAUGGGAAACAGUGGUGUUCCUUUGGUCAGUUUUUGUCAGUGUUUAAAUGAAUCUGUCAUGAAGAUAGUGGCAGUUGCUGUUUGGUAUUUUCCAUUCGGAAUAGUAUUCCUAAUUGCUGGCAAAAUCCUAGAAAUGGAUGACCCUUCAGCCAUUGGAAAGAAACUGGGUUUCUACGCCAUUACCGUGGUGUGUGGCCUGGUUGUGCACGGGCUCUUUAUUCUGCCAAUGAUGUACUUCUUCAUCACCAAGAAGAAUCCCAUUGUCUUCAUCAGAGGGAUCCUUCAAGCCUUGCUCAUUGCCCUGGCCACAUCCUCCAGUUCAGCUACCCUGCCCAUCACUUUCAAGUGCUUGUUGGAGAAUAACCACGUGGACAGGAGGAUUGCGAGGUUUGUGCUGCCGGUGGGAGCCACCAUCAACAUGGAUGGGACGGCCCUCUACGAAGCGGUGGCAGCCAUCUUCAUCGCGCAAGUAAACAAUUAUGAACUGGACUUUGGGCAGAUUAUUACUAUAAGCAUCACAGCAACAGCUGCCAGCAUCGGCGCGGCAGGAAUCCCGCAGGCCGGCCUGGUGACCAUGGUCAUUGUCCUCACCUCGGUGGGACUCCCCACAGAUGACAUCACGUUGAUAAUUGCCGUUGACUGGGCACUGGACAGGUUUAGAACCAUGAUCAACGUCCUGGGAGAUGCCCUGGCGGCCGGGAUCAUGGCCCACAUCUGCCGGAAGGAGUUCCUCAAGGACGGCGACGAGGUGCCACUGAUCUGUGAAUCGAAGCCUCUCAACGUCCAUCAGAUCGUGGCCUGCCAGCGGAACGGCUGCGUGAAGACCAUGACCGAGGCUCGCSGCCCAGACACAGGGACAGGCUUUCAGCACCACAUACCCGUGCAAGUGGAGCAAGAGGAGAGCCCAGUGGAGAAUCAAACUAAGAAAUCCAACAGUAAGGACCACUGCACUAUUGAAAUAAAUGAACUAGAGACGAAUGUGUAACCGCUUCUAUCUCAAACCCAGUGACCUGAUAGCCAGUCUCUACCUCACAGCUGGAAGAGGGACUCUGCCUUGAACAGGAAAAUGUGGAAUUAUGGCCACUCUGCUUGUAUUGGAGCUAGG